GAUGCAUCUCACAGGUUGGGGGUUUCUCCACACAGUUUGUCAAGACCUCCACCAUGUCUGUGAGCACCCAGCCCAAGAACACCUCUCCUGAGACUCGGCACUUCCCUGGAAACUGCUCUUUGGAGCAGGCCCUGAAAACCAUUGUGGAUGUCUACCACCGCUACAGCAUCCGGGAGGGCAAGUUUGACCUCCUCAACUACAAUGACUUCAAGAAGCUGAUGACUGAGCAGGCACCCACCUUCCUGCAAGCUUGUGACAGGAACCGUCCUGACUACCUGAAUAAGCUCUUCCAAGAGACUGAUAUAAACAAGGACAAGGACCUGAGCUUCGAGGAGUUCACCAUCGUCUUGGCCAAGGUGACUGAUGAUGCCCAUCGCAUCAUCCACAACGAUGACCGCUGCACACCAGACAAGGACUGA